AUAGUGUUGCCUUUGUAUUUCAUCACUUUGCCCCGAUUAUCAUAUAUCAAACCCUAGAGACAAACCAAACCCCUCUUCUCUCCGAUCGAAUCGAAUCGAUUAUAGUCAAAACCAUGGCGUUAAAGCAUCUCCUCUCUCUCGCCCGCCGUUCACACCGCCCAUCGACUGCCGCGUUCUCCGCCACGAUUCGUUCAUCAUCCUCGGCUGUUGCCACAUCAACAUCCACCAGUCCCCCAUCUCCACCCCCACCAACCGCCAUGAUCUACGAUCGUCUCGCCGAAUCAGUAAAAGCCAAACUCAAAACCCUAGAAAAUCCGGACCCCAGAUUCCUGAAAUACGGGUCACCCCACCCGGUUCUGACUAACCACACUCACAUCCUCUCAGCACCCGAAACCAAAAUCACAACACUCUCAAACGGACUCCGUGUGGCAACGGAAUCGAACUUGGCUGUUCAAACGGCGACCGUUGGGGUGUGGAUAGAUGCAGGGUCUAGAUUUGAGAGUGAUGAGACUAAUGGGACAGCUCACUUUUUAGAGCAUAUGAUAUUUAAAGGGACAGAAAAGAGAAAUGCAAGGGAUAUAGAAGAGGAGAUAGAGAAUAUGGGUGGUCAUUUGAAUGCUUAUACUAGUCGAGAACAGACUACUUAUUAUGCUAAAGUUAUGGAUAAGGAUGUGAAUAAGGCCUUGGAUAUUUUGGCUGAUAUUUUGCAGAAUUCUAAAUUUGAUGAGAAUAGGAUUAGGCGUGAGAGGGAUGUCAUUUUGAGGGAAAUGGAAGAGGUUGAGGGGCAAACUGAGGAAGUUAUCUUUGACCAUUUGCAUGCCACUGCAUUCCAGUACACUCCUCUGGGCAGGACUAUUCUUGGACCAGCUAAAAAUGUCAGGUCGAUUACCAGAGAUCACCUUCAGAGCUACAUACAGACACACUACACUGCUCCCAGAAUGGUCAUUGUUGCUUCUGGAGCUGUUAAGCAUGAGGAAGUUGUUGAGCAAGUAAAGAAAUUGUUCACUAAGUUAUCAGCUGAUCCAACCACUGCCUCUCAGCUGGUUGCAAAAGAACCAACAUUUUUUACAGGUUCAGAGGUUAGGAUAAUUGAUGAUGAUGUUCCUUUGGCACAAUUUGCGGUUGCUUUUGAAGGAGCACCAUGGACCGACCCAGACUCUAUUGCCCUAAUGGUCAUGCAGGCUAUGCUGGGUUCAUGGAGUAAAAAUGCUGGAGGUGGAAAGCAUAUGGGGUCUGAGCUGGCACAAAGGGUUGGCAUCAAUGAAAUAGCUGAAAACAUGAUGGCUUUUAACACCAACUACAAAGAUACUGGUCUAUUUGGUGUUUAUGCUGUUGCUAAGCCGGAUUGCGUGGAUGAUUUAGCUUGGGCAAUUAUGUAUGAGACAACCAAGUUAAGUUAUCGAGUUUCUGAAGCUGAUGUGACCCGUGCUCGUAAUCAGUUGAAAUCAUCAUUGCUGCUGCACAUAGAUGGCACCAGUCCUGUAGCUGAAGAUAUUGGGCGGCAGUUACUCACUUAUGGUCGAAGAAUUCCAUUCGCCGAAUUGUUUGCUAGGAUUGAUGCAGUGGAUGCAAGCACAGUUAAACGUGUUGCAAACAGAUUUAUUCAUGACAAGGUAGGACCUUCUGCCAGAUGUUGCAAUUGCUGCCAUGGGGCCCAUCCAGGGGUUGCCCGACUACAACUGGUUCAGACGCAGAACCUACUUGAACCGCUACUAGAUUUUCGACCCUUUUGUUAUUACUGCAUUGUUCCAAUAUUUGGCAAUCAUAAAAUUUUUUUGUUGCGCUUGCAACACAACCAACCAACAUCUUUCGGGGACCCCUGAAAGUCGGGCAUUUUCAAAUCAUUUUUGUUCCUUGUUUAGGUUUCUCUCUGUAAUGCUCUUAUUGUUGCAUCAAUAAAGUAUGCAGUGUUAAGUAAAUUGGGCUGUCACAAAGGACUGAUAAUUGGUGCUUUUAAGGAAGCACAAUAGCAAUACGGAACUCUGUUGAUCUUUUUCAACUGAA